AUUAAUAAAGUUCAAAGUUCAAACUAGCUUUACCUGGUCAAACGAGUUAGGUGAAUCUUUAGCUCAAUCUUGUUGACUGUGUAGGCCUGAAGAUUUCACCUCCGUCCAUUUCUUAAAAUCGUAAGUAAGUUCACUGCGUCCAGCGUAAGAUAGAAUGACUUCAGAGAUCGCUCCAGGAAAGCUGAGGCCACCAGUGUGGGACGUACAGGAACACAACAUUCAACAGCUGUCAAAGAAUUCACAAGAAGCCGCCCGCGAAACAUUAUGCUUGAGCAACAACCAGGCUGUCAAAUUGGUGGAAAAUCUGUACGGCUUUAACGUAGAAUCCGUGAAGAAACUGGGCAGUUAUGGCGACUACAACUUUCAUGUGAAGGUUUCUGGUGCUGAUCUGGAGCAUCAUGAGUACAUACUAAAGGUUAUGAAUGCAAAAGACUCACGUGACGAAGAACAAAUCACUGCUCAAACAUCGAUGAUGACCUUCCUGUCCACCCGAGACUUUCACGUGCCGAGACCGGAGCAGAACCGGUGGGGAAACAUCAUGAGUCUGGUAAACUUCGAAAGGAAAGAAAACGGUACAACUGUCUCCACUGAUCACAACGUGCGUCUCCUGACGUACCUUUCCGGCAUUCUGGGCAGUGACGUCACUUUAGACCCAGCGUCUCUGUACGGUGCUGGCGUGUACAUGGCAAGGCUCCAUCAAGCUUUAAAGAACUUCGACCAUCCAGGUUUGCAUCGACCAAAUUUCAAAUGGAACUUAAGAAACACCUCUGUAGUCGGAGAGUAUCUACACGUCCUGGGCAGCAUAGAAGAUCAGAAGAUGGCUCACAAAGUUCUCGACCUUUUUGCUGACAAAGUGCUGUCCCGAAUGGAAGACCUCCAGCAAGGACCGACACAUGCAGACUUCGGAAGCGGUAACAUCCUUGUGAAAGAGAAGACGACAAACCCGGGCCCCGAGGAAAGGUACCAGAUUUGUGGUGUGCUGGAUUUUGGCGACGCUAUCUGGAAUCCUUUAGUGUUCGAUGUGGCGAUAUCUCUCCUGUUCUACAUGUUGACUGCACCCGAUCAUGAGGAUCCUACAGUAUAUUCGGGGCAUUUUCUCAGAGGGUACGAGUCUGUCCGUCCGCUUACUACGGCUGAGUGGGACGUGCUGUACCACUGUGUGGUGGAACGGGCAUGUCAGCUGUACGUGCUGAAUGAACGUGCCGUCAGUGUGGAACCAGACAGAGAGGCGCACAUCAGGCAAGACUGUGAACGCCUCUACGAGACGCUGAAGUAUUUGGUAGAAUCUCCGAAAGCCGAAAUUGACAAGCAAAUGCUGGGAAGGUAAAGGGCUUCUCUAACUAACUGGAAGGACUAUGACCGUAGUAUGUGCGACACAAAAACUGUUACAUGUAAAUUCACACAAUACAUAUUCAACAUGCUACAUGAUGAAGAGAAAAAGGAAAAUAACAAGAAUGUUAUAACACACAUGGCUACCAUUCUAACAUAACAUCAACAGGGUACUGAUAGUAUUCACUGAUACGUAUGUGCUCAAGAUGAAAGCUCCGUGGUUUAAAGCCUAUGUUAACCUCCUUGGUGGUAUGAGUAGGAAUGUUGAAAAUGCAUCUCCAUCAAGCAUCCCGUGUGUGCGUAUGGAUCCUGUUCUCCACUAGAUGAUAAAUUGGUUCCAGAACUGUUAGUCUGCGAUUUUCAACGUUGGCUGGGUUCUCUUGUGCCGGGAAAUAAUCUCCAAGCAGAUCCUACGGUGCCAUAAGAUAGUAUCAAAGCUGGCCAAGGAGUGUAGCCGGCUAAGGGAGUCAAUCGGGCACCGGAGUUUGAUACUAUACAUUACGCACCGUGGAUCUGGUUGGAGAUUACCGGGAAAGGGAGUUUGCCGAGGAAGGGAGUUUGCUGUGAAAGGGAGUUUGCCGUGAUAGCGAGUUUCCUCCCGUCUCCGAGCCCCGUUCCGAAGACUGCAACGGAGUCUAGCUCAAUUAUGUGUUUUUCAAUAUAGUAAGUUAUACUAGUUGCAUGUGUCACUUCUACAGAGUUUAUUUUGUCGGACAGCCAUCUGUUUUUGCAUUGAAAAUAUGGUAACAUUGUGUCUUGGGUGUCAAUAUUGUUGUUUAGUACCUACUAUUUGUAUAACCAUUGAGUUCGGUAGCCUGUGGAAACACUAGUGUGGUAGCCUCGAGUUGUUGAUACUAGUGUAGGCUACCACAUCUAUAGCGUCACCAAUGUGUUGAUGAAAUCUCCUUGGUGUCACUUUGUGCACUUCUUGAAUACAGGAAUAAAAGAUCUGUUGGUUGUGAUGAGA